AUGCACCCUGAGGUCUCGGAGCCCACGGAGGACGGGGUAGAGAAACAGGACUGCGCGCAGAAGCCGGGUGUGGUGCCGGGUGUGGUGCCGGGUGUGGAGGACUCUGCAGGUGACCACGGGAACGCAGACCAAGGCGACCUCAAGGAAGAAUUUAAUGAUCCUAAGGAAGCAUGCGCAAGUCCUGCUGACACAUCCAACAAAAGCGAGCAGAAACAGAGUGGUGACAGCGGGUCAGAGAGUUGCUUAGCUCACCAAAGAAAUGACCAAGAAGAUCAUAGCCCCAGAAUGACUAAAAACUUUCUUCGAAAACUCUGCAAGCAACACAAGCUUUAUAUCACCCCAGCAUUGAAUGAUACACUGUAUUUACACUUUAAAGGUUUCGAUCGCAUCGAGAACUUGGAAGAGUACACGGGGCUGCGUUGUCUCUGGCUGGAGUGCAAUGGAAUACAGAAAAUCGAGAACCUGGAAGCCCUCACCGAAUUGCGUUGCCUCUUCUUGCAAGUGAACUUGCUGCAUAAAAUCGAGAACCUAGAACCUCUGCAGAAACUGGACGCUCUUAACCUCAGCAACAAUUACAUCAAGACCAUUGAAAACCUCUCCUGCCUGCCAGUCCUGAACACGCUCCAGAUAGCCCACAAUCACCUCGAGACGGUGGAAGACAUUCAGCAUCUAAAGGAGUGUGUGAAACUUUGCGUCCUUGAUCUUUCCCACAAUAAGCUGAGUGACCCAGAAAUCCUGAGCGUUCUGGAGAUCAUGCCUGAUUUGCGUGUCCUGAAUUUGAUGGGAAACCCAGUUAUUCGGAACAUCCCCAAUUAUCGGAGGACAGUCACCAUUCGACUGAAACACUUAACGUACCUGGAUGACAGACCAGUUUUUCCAAAGGACAGAGCCUGUGCAGAGGCCUGGGGGAGGGGAGGGUAUGCAGCUGAGAAGGAGGAGAGGCAGCAGUGGGAGGAGAGAGAGAGGAAGAAGAUCACGGACAGCAUCGAGGCCUUGGCGAUGAUCAAGCGGCGGGCCGAGGAGAGGAAGCUGCAGAAGCAAAGUCAAGAGAAAGGGAAGGUGCCAGCGCCAGAGGAGACUGAGACCGUGGCUGUCGGUGAGGAAGGGAAGGGAGAGCCUCGUGAGGAUGGAGAGAAGCGGCAGAAAAUGGAGCUGUUUGUCAAAGAGAGCUUUGAGGCCAAGGAUGAGCUCUUCCCAGAAAAGUCGAGUCUCCUAGAGGAGCUGCCUGCAGACGUCGAAGCAGAGACUGAGGACCAGGGUCCAGGAGGGGUGCUCCCCGCUGAGGCCCCCAAGCCAGCCACCCUGGGAGCUCCCUGGGAAGAGUCAGCUCCCCAGAUUGUGGCCACCAAGUGUGCAUCAGGUGCAAAACUUGAUGGAAGUGAAGAUUUGGAAACAGUUACACUGGAGACAGAGAAGACACUCUUCAUCAAUGACCUACCCGACUUAGAAGACGUGGAUACAGGCGAAUCUCUAGAAGACCAAGACGAGGCUAUAUGCUUUCCAAAGAUUACAACCAUCUCGAGCCUGAGUGAUGACAGUGACCCCGAACUGGACUACAGCUCACUGCCAGUCUUGGACAGCACGUCCACAGACAGCCUUUCAAACAUAUUUGCAAUCUCCAAGGACACCUCCAGGAAGGCUGAGACACCCUGUGCACACAUAUUCGAAGAGGCAGUGAAGAGGGGUUUGGAGACGCAAAGCAGAAACUCCAAGUCCCCACGCCCACUGAUUCAGGAGCUCAACAAUGACGAGCUUUCAGGCCAACCACCGCCACCCCCAACCUGCAAGAGGGACCCUGCACCGCCCUCUUCCAGUGAGGACAGUGAAGACGGGCAUGGGGGCCUACUUCCAGCCUUUCCUCCGGAAACCAGCACAGACAGUGGUGGAGUGCAGUCCGACAUGAAGCCUGAAGAGCCUGCAGUACCCGAGGCGGGGGACCAGGAAGACAUUGAAUUUGGUUUGGACUGAACCCCUCUGCGCUUGAACAGGGAGCCAGUGGCUGGGUGCAGGUCACCCCCAGGCUGGGACCCCCUUCCUUCCUGCAACUCCUGAGCGUGCUCUGGGGUCUUGUCUGUGACAUGUGCCUGUCACACAACUCAUCUCCUGCGCUCUCAGCCCCUUCACGUGCUGGGCAGCACUGGGCUCCUUGUUCUCGAAGCAUGACCUGUUUCCUGCAG